AUGGCUUCCUCCGACUAUGUCCUCUACCAAUACACACCUAGCUUGGUGGCCGCAGUGGUAUUUGCUGUCUUGUUCUUCUUGACCACUGCAUUCCACUUGUGGCAGCGAAUUCGCAACCACACCAAGUACUUUAACCCGUUUGUGGUUGGAGGUAUCUUCCAAAUCAUUGGAUACAUCGCUCGUGCUGCCUCUCACUUCCACACAACAUCAACCAUCCUUUAUGCCCUUCAGACCCUCCUGGUGCUACUCGCCCCCACUCUUUAUGCCGCCUCGAUCUACAUGGUUCUCGGCAGAGCGAUCACAUUUUUGCGGGGUCAGCACCUGAGCUAUGUGCCAGUCAAAUACAUGACUAAGAUCUUUGUUUUGGGUGAUGUUCUCUCUUUCAUCCUCCAAGGUGCUGGAGGCGGUGUCAUGAGCAGUGGAUCCGGAAAUAUGCUCACAGUGGGCCAAUGGAUCAUCGUUGCGGGUCUUGGUGUUCAGCUUGUCUUCUUCGGGGCCUUCCUCGUCACCUCCAUCUGCUUCCACUGCCGCAUUACUCUAUCCCCCACCCAGGAGGCCAAGGAUUCGACCGAUAUCUCCGCAUUCUUCCCCCCUGUUUUGAUCUUGAUCCGAUCCAUUUACCGUAUCAUUGAGUUUGCGCAAGGCAACAGCGGCUAUGUUAUUAGCCACGAGGUGUUCUUGUACGUUUUUGAUGCUUCGAUGAUGUUCCUGGUCAUGAUCGUUAUGAACCUUUUCCACCCCUCUGUGGUUCUGCGUUCCAGCGAGGCUCCGGUUUCCGCUGAACUCAAAAUGGUCGAGUCUGAGGAGACGAUUGUGUAA